CCACCGUUGGAAAUGAUGACAUCAUCUCCACGCGCCAAACAAAGCGCGGAGGAGGUGCACGUUGAUGUUUUUAUGAAUUAGCUGAGCUAGCUGCAGACGGAUCUUCAUCGGCAUCGUCCCGACAGUUUGACUGAAAUCAGAAAUGUCUGUCACCGAGAUGUUCAGUUACAUCCAGGGCUUCCUGAGCGCCGACCAGGACGUCAGAGAGGAUAUCCGUAAGGUGGUCCAGACUUUGGAGCAGACCGCUAGAGAAAUUCUCACAGUACUCCAAAGUGUCCACCAACCAUCUGGAUUCAAAGAAAUUCCCAGUAAAUGUGCAAAGGCACGGGAGUUGUUCUGCACAGUCAGGACACAACUUGGCGACCUCAAAACAAAAUUUCCUGUGGAGCAGUACUACAGGUUCCAUGAACACUGGCGGUUUGUCCUGCAGCGUUUGGCAUUCUUAGCGGCCUUUGUCGUCUACCUGGAGACUGAAACUCUUGUGAUUCGUGAGGAAGUGGCCAAGAUACUCGGCAUUGAGGUUGUGAGAGAGAAAGGCUUUCACCUGGAUGUGGAGGAUUACCUCGCAGGUGUGCUCAUCAUGGCUAGUGAACUGUCGCGGUUGGCGGUAAACAGCGUCACAGCAGGCGACUACACCCGACCGCUCCGCAUCUCCAACUUUAUCAAUGAGCUGGACUCGGGCUUCCGCCUCCUCAACCUGAAGAACGACCCGCUGCGGAAGCGAUACGACGGCCUCAAGUAUGACGUGAAGAAGAUCGAGGAGGUGGUUUACGACCUGUCCAUCCGUGGGCUGGCCAAGGAGGCGGAGAGCGCCGUGGACAAGUAGAGCCCCGGAGGUGGUGAUUGGCUGUGGGAGACGGUGGAGGGCGUGCUGGCUCUCUCCACGGCUGCUGCACCUUACACAACCUGGAUGGCAAAACCCAGGUAUCGACCUGAGGCCCCCAGCAGCUGGAGACAGGCUGUGUGUGGGUGUGUGCGUGUAUGAGUGUGUGUGUGCGCAUGAGAGGUGCUUCAGACGGAUGGCAGUCUGUCAGGAGGGUGGACGAGGCGAGACGGAGUGUGACACCCUCGUUUAAGAUCGGACGUUCAGUUUGUUGCCGGUUUUUUGGAAAUCCGUGUUCUCGGCUUCAUUCUAUUCAUCUGUUAUUGUUUCACUGAGUUGCAACUGUUUCAUCUAAUUUGCAACAGCCAACUUCUUCUGGUUAAAUUACAUUAUAUUGAUGUUUAAUACAUUUGAGAAGACGGGCGGAGAUCGCUCAGAGCGUUUCGGCCAUGCAGAGCUUUUUUUUUGUGUCUUGUGUUUUUAUUUGCAAAAAAAAAAAAAGGCGUGAAAUGUUUGUUCACCGAAGGGAGUUGAUGUCUGGUAGUAUUUCUUAGAUCUCUGAAUUUUUGUCAAAAAAUGGAGGAAUGCAAACAAAUCCAGGAGCCUCAUUUAUAAAAUAAAUAUUGAACACAACAAUCAAAUUAAAGCUAAAAUUGCAAAGACUGUAAGAAUCAAUAAAUACAUUUCACAGCACUCAUCAGACUUUUUGAAGGUUUAAAUUUUGAUCAUUAACUCCUACUUUGCAUAUAGCUUUUUUCUUUUUUUUAAUAUCUUUUAUUAUAAAUAAGGCUUCAGGAGUGGUAGAGCCAAAGAAAUGACAAAGAUGCACUUCACGUGUUAUAAAGCUUCUCUGUGAUUAGUGAGAUUCAUGUUUUCAUGUCAAACAGCAAGGAACUCUUGCAGAACAGUGCCAAUGACUGACUGACAUUUUAUAUUUUGGUUGUCUAGUGAUUCUCUUGAGCGAACACAAAAAUAGUGUGAAUGUCAUGUACUGCAUGUGAUAUAUUUUCCUUUUUCUUCUCACAGGAAAUGUCUCGGAAAGUUCCUUUCUGUUGACAUUCAGCUUCUGUUCGCUUCUAUACUGUAGUGGAGCUGGAUUGUGUUUUCUAGAAGUAAUUCCCUCUCAUUCUCUGUCCAUUGUGUUUUUGUUUCCUGAUAAGUGCAUUUCACUUGUACCGUAUGUAUUCCUGUCUUGAAUCAGUUGUCUUAAAAAAAUGCUUAAAAUGACUGUAAAUAUAUUUCUACAUUCUA